UCUCCUUAAAAGGAUGCCUUGGAUAAGAAGAAAAGAUCAAAGAAAAUGCUCACCACAUCACUUAUUUUCAAACUGGUUUAUCCCUGGAGUCACGCUGCGGGCUUUUCAAACGUUCCAUGUAUGACUAAAACAAAAUAAAAACAUUGCAUUUAGAAUUGUUCAAUCAAACCCGGAUCACCACGGCAGGCUUUGACCCAAGAAUAACAAAAAGGCAAAUAUCAGCCAAGGUAAAGAAGGGAAAGUCAUAUACAAUGUUAUACUAUGGUAGAGCCGCUUUAUUGGAAUGUGCCUCUGUCUAUACUUGAAAUAAUCUCUUUGGUCUGACCACCAUGAAUGGUUUAUAACUUGGGCGGUCUAAUUGCUUUUCUGAGAUUCUGAAUUUCUGAUAGUUUCAAGCCCUUCCGUGUUCUACUAUCAUGGCAGUGAAAAGAGUAGUUUCUCCUGAAAUUUUUGGUUAUCGGUUAGUUAGCCGGGCCAAAUCGCCUGUAAUCUCUAUAAUCCUACUUGCUCUUCUAAUAUUUUUCAUGUUUGCUGACAGUCUCAUUUCUAGCAUGUCGCUGCCAUCUGCUGCCUUCACUGAAAAAGAAGAUUCUGAAGUGUUACAGACUCCAAAAGUUAUAAGAAAAAUCAAGUCGGAUGUUCCUUCUGUACCAUUGAAUGUUUCUAAACAAAAAAAGAUCAUUCAAGUUGAUAGUGACAAUCAGAAUUCUCUAGUAAUUUCUUCCUCGGGUGUUAGAGAAGAACGCAGAAUUGGGCGAUUCAGGAGAAAACUGCCCGAAUUUGAGAUUUUCAGGUCAGAUGACCUGACAAAGAGGUUUCAUGGUCGAGUUCUGAAAUUCUUCAACCAGGAAUGUGAUAUUCAAUUCUUCAUGACGUGGAUUUCAUCGGCAGGGUCCUUUGGAAGAAGAGAAAUCGUAGCUGUGGAAAGUGUUUUUAAAGCCCAUCCUCAUGGUUGCUUGAUGAUUCUAUCAAGAACCAUGAACUCUAAACAAGGUUACAGGAUCCUGAAACCGCUACUUGAUCGUGGCUUCAAAGUGCUUGCAACCACGCCGGACUUGCCAUUUCUGCUCAAGAAUACACCGGGUAAAGCUUGGUUUGAUGAAAUGAAGAGUGGGAAAAAGGACCCCGGUGAGAUACCACUGGCUCAGAAUCUAUCUAAUUUAAUAAGACUUGCAGUUUUAUACAAGUAUGGAGGUGUUUACUUGGAUACGGACUUCAUAGUCCUGAAAAGUUUUAAAGGGCUAAAGAAUACAAUCGGAGCACAAAGCAUUGAUGUGGUGUCCAAGAACUGGACAAGAUUGAACAAUGCAGUUCUGGUCUUUGAUAUGAACCAUCCACUUCUAUUCAAAUUCAUGGAGGAAUUCGCUUUAACCUUUGACGGAAACAAAUGGGGACAUAACGGGCCCUAUAUGGUUUCCAGAGUAGUUCGCAGAGUGGAAGGAAGACCUGGUUAUAAUUUCACCAUCUUGCCUCCAAUGGCCUUUUAUCCUGUUGAUUGGAUUAAAAUAGGGAGCCUUUUUAAGAUGCCUAAAGACAGAGCUGGCUCAAGAUGGGUAGAAGCUAAGCUGCAUCAGCUAAAUGGCCAAACCUAUGGAGUACAUCUCUGGAAUAAGCAAAGUAGCAAACUAAUGGUUGAAGAGGGAAGUGUAAUGGGAAGAUUAAUGUCAGAGCACUGUCUCUUGUGUAAACAUAUAUAUAGUUCUUGAAAGGAAAUUUUCCAGCCUGAAGAUGGUCAAGCUUCUUCCAUCAAAACAGAUCUUCCUAUGGCAAAAUUGCAAGAGUCUCCAGUGUCAAAAUUUUGUACAGUUUGUUGCCUGAAAAGGCCCAAUUCAAGGGCUGUGAUUUUUCUUUCUUUCCAAGACUUACGUUGGUUGUCUGAUUCCAUUUUUUCUUCUUGUUGUAAU